AUGGCGCCCAAACCACCAAACUCAAACGGAGCGCCCAUCUUUUCAACAUCCAUCUUCUCCUCCUCAAACUCCGCCUCUCGUCCUACGACCCGCGAAGGCACCCUCGAUCCUCUCAACACAAACAUCCUUCCCAAAGACCGCAAAGCUUCCUUCUCCCGCAAAGCCUCCCUUGGUAGUCGUCGCGGUAGCUCUUUAGGUACAAACGCUUUCGUCACGGAUGCAGCUGCCCCUCCCGCUCUGCCUGAUUACGCGCUUUCUGCUGCUGCAAAGAUUGCGCCGCGACCGUCGGAAAGUGAACCUUCAGCUGCUACGCCGUUAGAUACACAGAUGCUGAGUCGCAGCGCGACCGGGUCGACGACCCUUUAUGGAGGGGGUGUGCCGAGUACGCCGCUGGGCCUUAUGCCAAAUGGUGCGGUGGGAACGGCGGGAAUGUGGCAGCAGAAUGAAGCGAGUAUUAUGCACCAUCAUAUCACAGAGCUUGCGAAUAAGCGCAUAGCGACACUUGAGUAUCUACGGAAAGCCCACGAAGGACGUAUAUACUGGUUCAAGACAUACCUCUUCGACAAGACCGACCUCGGCCGCAUGCCCUCCCUCGACGCUCGAAAGAUCGGCCGCAAAGCAACAAACCAUCUUCUUUUGGGUCUAUCCCUCCCUACAAUCGUCGACCUUUACUCCUCCACAUCGAUCGAAUUCCUCCGAAGUCUAAACUCCCUUCUCUCCGAAUUCGAUUCCUUCCAACAACUCCACGGCGAUUCGUCCACAGCUGCAUCCCUUACCCGCGCCCGUCUGCCCAGCAUGUUCCGUCGUCCAGGUGGUAAAUCGCGUCGCUCAACUUCUGCAGCCGAUCACCCCAUGCCCGACGAGAUGGCUCCCAUGCCAUCUGCCGGUGGUCCUGCACCGUCUGUAAUGAACUUUGCAGCUUCCGAAACGGAUCUUCUUCCUGGUGAAGAGUACACAUACUUGUUAACGCCAUCUUUACCGUUUGAUCCCGAUUAUUUCGAGACGUUUGCGACGCUGUGUGAUGUUUUGAUCGAUUGCUACACGAGAUUCCUCGCAUUGGUACCUUCACCGAAAGAUUGCUCAGCGCCUGUUGCUGAGCUAUUUACAAAAGCGGAUUCGCGAGUACGAAAGAUUAUAGUGCAAGGGCUGGUCCGAGAUUUCGAAGAGCAGAGUCGAAGUCAUGUCAAGACUGAGGUGGCUACGAUUGGAAAGGUGGUUCUGGGAGGUUUAAUGUGA